CGGACAGUAUUGAAUGGGGUCUGGUUGACGUGCGUGGGACUGGCCUGUGUGUUUUAGCACGAGGAAACCGUUACCCCUCAUACCUGCGUCCCCUCUCUCCUGGACAUUUCCGGGGAAGAAAUCUCUUCUGUCAGUGUGUUUUUACACACACAUACAUACACACGCACACACACGGAUUUUCGUACACGGACUUUCAAAUUAGUAGCCCGAGUGUUGUUAAUGUUUUUUCUGUCGGUUGUCGUCGGUACGCGACUUGGUUUGGUUGUUUUAUUUUUCUUCUAAAAUUAGAACAAUUGAAUACAACGUAUGAAUCAGUGUUACUUUGUAGUUUUCUUGAACAAAAACUACACGCGGACUCUCAAUUUAGAACAGGUGUUAUCAAUUGUUAUUUCUUCGAUUUUCACACACAAGUUGCUAAACAAUAACGAGUGUUUUACUGGAAUAGUAUUCUGAGUGUGUUUCAAGAGGUUGCCCCAGUAGGAGUGAUAUUAUAUUAGGCCUUAGUAUUGCUCUAUACGUUUAUGCCGCGCAAAGUUCACGACAGACAACGUGUGAUAAUUGUUAAAUUAAUCAAACACGCAAGACUUGAGACCCACGAUUCAGAUGUGAUUGCAGUCGUUGUUAGGGUUAAUGUGUUUUUGAUUGACUUCUUAUGUUGUCAGUCCCGAGCCCAAACUCUCUCAAGAAGGCCCAGUGUUCAGUUGACGGGCGACUAUCGGGAAUACUGUAAUUUUCCUUGAAUGCUUAUGAAUAAGGAUCCGAAAAGUUCUGCGUAGCAACGUGAGGAUUUCAAGAAAAGAGCGCACCAUCAGCACUGCUCCUGUUGGAUAACUUUGUUCUGUGUCACUGCAGUGGAAUUCAUAUUUUACUCGUUUCUCUACACACUCUUUUUGUGGACUUAACAAUGGAAUAAUUCUAAAUGGUCGCAUCUAUCCACCCCAGCCUUGAAUGGAGACUUUACUAUCUUCUUGUGACAUUUUCUAAACUCAGGAAUCAGCCUUAAUUACACGAGUGAGCGACGCGGGAGGCAGGCGAGGUCAGAGGUCAAUGACCAGUGUCAGGGAGCGUUUGACACCAGCUCAACCUCUGCGGUGUCAAGGGACAGUCGAGGACGGCACUUCCGCCCACUCCGCAAGGAGAUAAGAAAGAAGGCAGGAAGGAGGGAAGGAAAAGAGAAAAAAAGGCGGGUCUAAAGAAAAUUACGAAGGAAGACGGUAGAGUGAUACGUAUUGUGGAAAAAGAUGGGCGAGCAUUUGAAGAAGCGGACAUAAUUCACUGUGUGCGUGUUGUGACGGACGAAGGGACGAGAGGGUAAAAAGGAGAAAGAUAUUGGUCAUUUGAGGAAACGGAAGAAAGGAAGUAGGCCUGGAGAGCAGAGGAGAAGGGAAAGAAAGUGAAAGAAGAAGGAAAGCUAUUUUCUGGAUCUCCAGUGAGGGAGGUGCUGUUUAGGAUACCCUUGAGAGGGGACGUGUCACACAACUGCCUGGGUCGUCCGCGGAGGGCCGAGAUAACUAACUAGAUACUGUUAUAGGUGAUGAGCUGUCUCCUGUAGACCACGCCCCCCUGCAGUGAAGAACGCUCAAAGUAACCACCAUGGAUUUAGAACUUAACGACGAUCUCAGCUUUUCUUCCUCCAUGUGGGAGGAGACAGAAGCCGCCGCAGAGUUCGGCAUCCGGAAACGUGGAGGUACCGGUGGUAAGCGAGACAACCCUGGCUCUCCUUCGGACUCAAGCAGUUCCAAUAUGGACGAACCCUCAGAGAAAAAGCCACGUGGAGGCAAAAAGUCCACACGCCGACGGAAAGGUGUGAGUGCAAAAGAACGUAAUCUCCGUCGUUUAGAAAGCAAUGAAAGGGAACGCAUGAGGAUGCAUUCUCUCAAUGACGCCUUCCAGGGACUGCGAGAGGUGAUACCACACGUGAAUCUGGAUCGAAAACUCUCAAAAAUUGAGACUCUAACGCUGGCGAAAAACUACAUCAAAGCUCUGUCCAACGUCAUAUGCAACAUGCGUGGUGAGACUCCGCCUUACAAAUUUGAAGACGCUCCGCCUUCGAACGAUGGCGAGGAGUGGGACGAGGAAGAUAACGAAGGGAGCGAGAUCAAUGUUGAGAGUUUACGUCAAUCAUCCCACAGCAGCAGCGGUAGCAGCUUGUUAGACUCAUGCUAGCCUAGUGAUUCCUCCCUCUGCCCUCAUCACCCCUUCUUCCCAAGUCAUGUGGCCCAACGUCACUUGAUCCACUCUACGCAGGCGCAUUGCUUCGUUUCCGCUUUGGUUUGUUUUGUUUUAUUUUAUUCCUUCCGGGUUCCUUUUAUUCAAAUUUAUCCGGAAACGUGUAGACCUAUUACAGGGUGACGAUGAUUAUGUUGGGUAAUCCUGACUUCCGCUCUGCGGAUUUGCUUAAGAGUCAUCGUGAAACCAAAGCAACUGUGACCUUGACAUAUUGUGAGCCUGUGCCUAUUUCUGACUGCGCGGUCAAACACACUGGAGAGGCUGUGAGUUCGACUUUUGCACUCUGUGUAUCAACUUGUGUGUCUCUGAGGAAGCACACGUAACAUGAAAUGUACUUUCACGCAAUCUGUGCUUCAUGAACAGUUAGAUACAAACGCAAACACCGCCUUUUUAUACCCAUGUGCGCACACACAAGCACUUACAUACGUUUACAUACAUACACAGACAAAUACACACAAAUAAGUACAAACUCACAGACACAUACAUGCACGUGUUCGUGGGCGCAUACUUCCUUUAAAAAAUCGACAAAACAAUGCGUUUAAAACAUUGUUAGGGUGUUCUGUUCACCCUUAUUUGCAGAACAAACACAUGGACAAAAGUGUUUUAAAAACAAUAGACCUAAUAUUAAAACAAACACACACACACACACACACACACACA